GGAAAAAUUGGGAGAAAAAGAAAUAAUUACAGAAUCUAUCUUCACUUUUUCUAUUGAACAAAACCCCAGCAUUUCUUCAAGAAACAAAAUCGUGGGUUUGUUUGGAAGUUAAAAAAUAGUAUCAAUGGCUGCUGAAUUUGAUAAAACGAAAGUGAAGGAAGAAGAGUAUUUUGACGUCCUUACAAAAACUGGAGAAAAAACUGGCUACUCUAAACCCAGAGGGGAUGUUCACAGAGAUGGAGACUACCAUCGAGCUGUUCAUGUGUGGAUAUUUGCUGAAAGUACACAAGAACUACUUCUCCAGCGACGUGCUGAUUGCAAGGAUUCCUGGGCUGGUCAAUGGGAUAUCUCGAGUGCCGGUCAUAUAUCUGCUGGUGAUUCAUCUCUUAUUUCAGCAAUGCGAGAGCUUCAAGAAGAACUUGGUGUAACUCUUCCAAAAGAUGCAUUUGAAUUAAUAUUUGUUUUUCUUCAAGAGUGCACUAUCAAUGAUGGCAAGUUCAUCAACAAUGAAUACAAUGAUGUAUAUCUGGUGACAACAAUAGAUCCAAUUCCUUUGGAGGCCUUUACUCUUCAGGAAUCAGAAGUUUCAGCUGUAAAAUAUCUCUCUCUUGAGGAGUACAGAAGAGUGCUUGCUCAAGAACAUCCUGAGUAUGUUCCUUAUGAUGUGGAUGGGGAAUAUGGUCAGCUCUUUACAAUAAUUGAGAAGAGGUACAAGGAAAAUGCUGAAGCUAGAAGUUUGGCUCUUGAGAAGCAGCUAAACCGCUAUGCUAGUACUUCCCUCUCUGCAGAGUUGACUGGUCUGACUGCAGCAGACAAAGAAGCUCUAAAACUACUUGUUAAAGCUGCAACAAUCAUGGACAAAAUCUUUUAUGUGCAGGUUUGGUAUAGCAAUCCAUCUUUGAGAGACUGGCUAAAGGAGAAUGCGGACAAAUCACAGUUGGACAAGUUGAAAUGGAUGUACUAUGUAAUUAACAAAAGUCCAUGGUCUUGCCUGGAUGAAAAUGAGGCUUUUUUGACGACUGCAGAUUCAGCUAUCAAGCUUCUUCCGAAGGCAACAAAGCCUGUACCAGGCUGGAAGGGUUUUGAAUAUAGAACAGCAUUUCCUGCUGUGAAACCUCCUGGUGCAAAUUUUUAUCCACCAGAUAUGGACAAAAUGGAAUUCAACUUAUGGAAAGAUAGUCUUCAACAAGAUAAACAGGAAGAAGCAAUGGGCUUUUUUAAUGUUAUUAGAAGGCAUAGUGAAUCAUUGUCUGAAGAUUCAAUAUCCCACAAAAUGGGAAAUGUCACUAGCUCUCCUCAAGAUCUGUAUGUGGUUCCUUAUUCUCAAGAGUACAACUCUCUUCUUGCUGAAGCAGCCACCUUGCUCCGUAAAGCAGGAGAUAUGACCAGCUCAUCUAGUUUAAAGAGACUUCUUUAUAGCAAGGCUGAUGCUUUUCUUUCAAAUGACUAUUAUGAUUCAGAUAUCGCCUGGAUGGAGUUGGACUCCAAGUUGGAUGUCACUAUUGGCCCGUAUGAAACUUAUGAAGAUGCACUUUUUGGAUACAAGGCAACAUUUGAGGCAUUUAUAGGAGUCCGUGAUGACGAAGCAACAGCUCAACUCAAAUUGUUUGGUGAUCAGCUGCAGGUUUUGGAGAAGAAUCUUCCUCUGGACGAUAUUUACAAGUCAGAAAAUGUUACAGCUGCCCCCAUCCGGGUUAUUCAGCUUCUUUACAAUGCAGGGGAUGUGAAGGGCCCUCAAACAGUCGCAUUUAAUCUUCCUAAUGAUGAAAGAAUAGUAAAAGAUCGAGGAACAUCCAUGGUCAUGCUUAAGAAUGUUUCAGAAGCAAAGUUCAAGCUUAUCCUUAAGCCUAUAGCUAAUGUGUGUAUUAUGGAAGAACAACGAGAGCUUGUGGACUUUGACUCUUUCUUUACUCACACAAUUUGUCACGAAUGCUGCCAUGGAAUCGGGCCUCACACAAUCACACUUCCGAAUGGGCAGAAGUCGACAGUCAGAUUAGAGCUGCAAGAACUUCAUUCAUCACUAGAAGAAGCUAAGGCAGAUAUUGUUGGGCUUUGGGCGCUUAGGUUUCUAAUGGAUAAGGAUUUGCUUCCAAAGAGCCUGGCCAAGUCAAUGUAUGUCUCUUUUCUUGCUGGAUGUUUCCGCUCAGUACGCUUUGGAUUAGAGGAAACUCAUGGGAAAGGACAGGCAUUGCAGUUUAAUUAUCUUUUCGAGAAAGGCGCAUUUAUUUUGCAUCCCGAUGAAACAUUUGGUGUUGAUUUUGAAAAGGUUGAAGAUAGUGUUGCGAGCUUAAGCAGAGAAAUUCUGACAAUACAAGCAAGAGGCGACAAAGAAGCUGCUAAAACACUUCUUCAGAAAUAUGGUGUGAUGACACCACCACUGAAACGCGCACUGGAAAAGCUGGAGACUGUUCAGGUUCCGGUGGAUAUAGUUCCUGAUUUUUCCAUUGCUAACCAAAUUUUACGCGAUAUCAAUUGAAGACACUCGUGUUCCACCACACCUUCCUUUUAUCAUGGAAGAGUCGCUAAAGGACACACCCCUUCCUUCCUGUUGGCCCUCACAGCAAAUGUAAUUUUCAAGGAAAAGAUCAGUUCUGUGAUAGAUGGUGACUCCUCAGCCUGCUUCUGUCUAUGUUGUUUCCAUGUCUAAUGCACACUCCAAAACUAGUACUGUGUGAAUUCAUUUGCAAUGUUUUAUUUCCAAAAUAUUGGACGUCAUAUUCUUCUCUCAUCGUACUGUGUAGACAACGACACACCCCUCUUUCCUGUUGGUCCUAACAUCAAAAUAAUCUUCGAUGACUUCAUACUUGUAUCGUAUUCAUGAGUAACGAUGAAUAGUGACUCCUUGAAUGAAUGUUGUUGUUUCCAUGUCUGAUGCAAUCUUGAAAUUCCAGUGAAUGCAGAAUUGAUUUAUCAUCAA